AUGGAGGGUACGGAAGCGGUUACCACUUUUUUAGGUGCUGGAUCUGAGUUGGUGGUUUCAGUUCCCCACAAAACGAAACGGUGUUCGGCGACUCUGAAAGUUCUCUCGCUAACAGGUGGGGUGGAACCUCGAGUGGAUGUAUUGGGUGCCCCUGCCCUUGUAGAUGUAUCUUACAAUUUGGUACCAGGCAUGAUCUUUACCGUUUUUGCAUGGAACAACGCCUCUAUACGCAUUGAGGGGCCAAAGCAACUUGUUCUGAAUUGUUAUCGGUCUACCAUACCACCGUUCCUAAGGCCGUUAGUUGAAUAUCAUUGUAUUAUACAUGAUGCGCGCUCAAUGGCGGAUAAAAGUUCGUUGUUUGGACCUGUUGUUCUUGUUUGUGGGAAGAAUGACACAGAGAAACAUGCUAUUGCAAGAACACUUUGUAACUAUGCGGCCCGAACAGGUUGGUGUCCUCAAUUGGUAGAUCUGGAUUCUGGUGUAGGGCAGAUGCUUGGGGCCCCUGGAACUCUCUGUGCAGGGGUUAUUGAGUAUCCCAUGACUCUGGAUGAGGAGACAAUGACGGGUCCUGUUGCGGUUUGUUUUUUCACUGGAUCAACUGAACCUCAAAUCAGAGUUAGUUCAGGAGAAUGGAAUAUGUUUGGACCAUAUACGCACUAUACCAAUUUGUUGCUAACCUGUGUGAGUGAUAGAAUUGCGACUCAUCUGGGUGGGGUAAUUGGGUCUAGCGGCGCCGUCGUUGUACUUCCAGAGUUAAAAGGAACUAGUGGUCUUGUAUUUGCAGAGAAUAUUUUGAGGCGUUUUAAUGUAUCCCAUGUUCUUUGUGUUGGUGAUGAUUUUUUUUUACUGGACUUUACGACAGAAUCGCGAAAAUGCAAAAGUUAA